AUGGAUCACCUGUGUGAGGAGAACCUGCUGUGCUCGGGACAGGACACCCGCUCCCCUACGGCUGCUGAGGAGGACGAAGAUGGAUCGGUGGGUUUGGAGGGCCUGUGAACAUGUUUAUGGAAAACGAGAGUUUGAACCGAGUCAGGAGAACAUGCUGAAAGUGCUGAAACCUCGUUCUAAAUCCACUGACGUUUCAUUUUCAUAUCAGAGUUUCUUCAUCUCCAUCCCCGAUAUUUCUCUUUAGAUUCAGAGGAAUUUAGCUCACAUCAUCACCCGCUCCACCAAAGUCUCUGUUCUCAUUUUUGGAGCAUUCAAAGUUUUGAAAAUCCAGAUACAGAGACGCCAGAGUCUUCCUCGUCUGAUCCACGGUAUUCUGAGCAAACAGGGAGCGCUGAGCGAGGACAAGAAGAAGAAGAAGAAGAAGAAGGAGGAGGAGGAGGAGGAGGAGGAGGAAGGAAACGAGCGGGACUCGAUGGAAAAUCCUUCCAACAUGAAAUAA